CAGCUGUUCAUAUCGUCCGCCACUUACAUUACAAUCGUCGUCUGCGUUGAUAGUUUGUGAUUUUGACAGCUAAUAUCUAAAAAUUAGAUCUUUCCUAUUCUUUUAUUUAAAUUUUAAAGUCACACUAAAACACGAUAUCCAUGGUACUCUUUUCCUGUAUGCGUUUACACUCAUUCGUCGUUCGAAUCGCACGGUAGAAUUGGACAUGACAUUCGAAGAUCCAUUUUUUGUUGUCAAAGAGGAAGUAUCUAAAGCACUAAACAAGACACGAGGACUGUAUCGUCGCUGGUUAGAACUUCAGGAGGAUAUCGUCAGUAAUAUCACCAAGGAUGAGUUGGAAUGGACCACUACUGAACUGAGGAAUGCUUUGCGCAGCAUUGAAUGGGAUCUAGAAGACUUGGAAGACACUAUUGGAAUAGUUGAAAAAAACCCAACAAAGUUCAAGAUUGACAAUAAGGAACUAACAAGUAGGAAGAACUUCAUUGAGCAGACUCGAGAGGAGGUUAAGUGUAUGAAAGAGAAGAUGAACUUUAGCCGUGGACGAGACAGAGACAGAACUGCCAGACAGCCACUACUAGAGAAUAGUCCAGUGAGAAUGGCAACAACACAUGGCACUACCAAGUAUUCCAAGCUGGAGAAUGAGAUGGACAGUCCACACAGGCACUUCCUGGACAGUACUCUGGGCCAGCAGAACUUGCUCAUCAGCUCACAGGAUGACCAGUUAGAGCGGAUUACUCACUCUCUGGGCUCUCUUAAGACAGUUUCUCGCCAGAUUGGCUCAGAGCUUGAUGAACAGGCUGUGAUGUUGGAUGAUUUUGGAACAGAAAUGGAGAAUACAGAUUCUAAACUUGACUCAACAAUGAAGAAAGUAGCUAAAGUUCUUCACAUGUCAAAUGAUCGGCGUCAGUGGAUUGCCAUCGCUGUCCUGUCAUGCAUCCUAUUCGUGGUGGUCAUGCUGCUGAUAGUUCUCUGAGUAGCCACCACACUGUGCAGUGAUGAGGACUGUUGCAGCUACCCGGACACUAUACAGUAACGUCAUCAGUUCCAUCUAGGUUGUCUUCUCCUAAGUUUUUAUACUUAUUUUACUGCAUGACUAUUCAUGAGUUUCCUAAAUUUGGUUUCUAUCUUUCUAGUCGUUCUUGUAGAUGUAAAUGAAAGCAUUGCAGCUUAUCAGUGGUGACUUGUAAAUAUCUUGUUAAUCUUGUAAAAUGUUAUGGAUUUGUAUAAGACUGGAUGACUCUAUAAGGGACUUAAUCUUUGCUACUUUUAAAUCUUAUGAUCAGUAUAAGUUAUUUGGUUUUAGAUAGUAUAAUUGCUUAUAAAGUUAGUAUUUCUUUGAAUGGAAUCAUUGGGUUUGUAUUAUCGAUCAUUUUCUUAGUCAAAUAUGAUGAUUAUUUUAACACAAUUUCAACAGCAAAAUUAAAUUUUACAAUUACAUCAAUUACUGGUUCACCAAUCCUCUACAAUUAUAAGCAUGUACCUAUAUUUAAUAAAUUUCACAGAAUUAUAAAAAUGAUGUAUUUUAAAUUAAACUAAGAAUUGUAACUCAAUGAAAAUUGUGUGGUGUGUGUUUGUUUUAUUUACAUUGCUAAAACAAAUUACAGUAGAGCCUCAAGCACGUAUGUUACUUUUAUAUUGUUUUAUAACUCGUACUAGACUACAAUGAAUAGUCCAAUUAUUACCAUGAAUGAUCAAUUAGCUAAUGUUAAUGGAAAUAUAUAUAAUACAGCAAUACAGUUAUUUCAGCAAUUUAUUGCUCUUUAAGAUAAUCAAAAUUGUCGGAUCCUUUUGAAAGGAUUUUAACUGUUUGGGACAAAAUAUAUUGAAAUUUAAAUAUUUUUAAAUAACAAAAUUCAAAGGUAAAAAGAUACAUUUUUGUAGAGUUUUUAUAAGUUGGACUUGCAUGAUAAAUUCUACCAACAUCAGAUCACCCUUUCAGUGUACCACAGUCUAAAUUUUAUUUGAUCCCAAAUUCAAAUUAAUCUUAUAUGGAUUUGAUUAUGUUUACUGCGGCAGAAACUUACAGCACAGUGGCAUUGUGAGAUUGGUAAAUAUCAUUUGCUAUAGAACUGCAAGUGAAAGUAUUAAAUUAACAUUUUUAGAUAUAACUUGCGCCAUUCAUUGGGGUGGUUCACUAUAAAACUUCUCAUUGACCCAUUUUUUUAGAUUUGAAGGAUUAUUUUUGAAAUUUUUGUUUAGAAAAUAUGUGUACUAUUAUAGAUUAUUUUAUUCAGAACAUUCCUUUCAGUUCAAUUAUAAGUUUUAGAAUUACUAAGCAUGUAUAAUAGUUUAAAAGUUUUGUACAAGUUAUAAUAUAAAAAGUUUAAAAUACUAAAUUUUACUUCAUGAUUCUGAUUACUAUAAAUCAAAGGUACACACUUCAGAACAAUUAUGAAAUAAUGGUAUUUUCAAAUAUUUUUUACACAAUAUGUAUAAAUUUUGGAACAGUAAAAAUACAGCAUAUUUAUUUUAGGUGCUCAGUGUAACAGAUUAUAUAUAAAAACAAAACUGUAAUGCACUAUGUAGUAAAUCUCCUUGACUUUUACACUUUCUCUAUGUUUUCACUCUGCGUCUAGUUGUGCAUGUAUUCACACAGGUUGACGACAGAUAUUUUUACAGUGUUGUGACAAGGAAUGUCACGAUCAAGCUAUCUUUGCCUUUAAUCAUCUCCAUGACUUGUAUGCUUUCUCUAUCUUUUCACUCUCUAUUAGGUUCUGCAUGUAUUCCAACAUGUUGACGACAGAUAUUUUUACAGUGUUGUGACAAGGAAUGUCAAGAUCAAGCUACCUUUGCCUUUAAUCAUC